UAUUUAAAUAUAUAAUAAUUGAUCAAAAUAAAAAUAGUAAAGAAAUUUUUCAAAGUCGUCGCAUAAGUGUUUCUCAAAGCCGCUAUAAAAUUAAAUAAAUUGAUAUAAAAAAACAAAACAAAAAAAAAGAAUACAGCGCGCUUAGUUCGUGCAAUAAAGGAAGAGUAGUUGAGGCGGUCGAGGGAGAGAAAACGCUAAUGAGGAUCUAUUGGCAGCAUGAGUACACUGGGGGGAAGUAGGGGAGAGCGAAAUGCCAAGCCCAAGUUCUCAGCACUCGAUAUAAAUCGAAUGUACAAAAAUAGUCGUGGUGAAUCCGCUGAACCAUCUGCACAAAAGAAUCAAGUGCCACGUAAACAUGGAAUGCAAAGUUUGGGCAAAGUGCCGUCCGCAAGGCGACCACCAGCCAAUCUACCAUCCUUAAAAGCUGAAACAACAAUCUCGCCAACAACAAAUAACAAUUCUAUAACAUCUACUGGACAAGAAGUCGGCACACCAACAGGUAGCGGACAAGUGAUACCAUCAACUGGAACGGCUAAUCAACAAACCGCAACAGCAUUAUUGAAAAAUAGCAACAAGUCCGUACUUGGAAAUAAUAAUAAUACUAAUAACAAUAACGCAAGUGUCGUUGGUAUUGGUAGCAAAUUAAUAAAUAAUUCUUCGGCGUCUAUAUCCGGUGGCGGAGCACAACAAUUACGUAAUUCUUCAAAUACAAAUCAGCAACAAAACUCGCCAAUAACAUGGUCAGCUGUCACAACAGGAAACGACAGCAUCAACAAGAGCAGUGGUGGUGGCAAAUCGGCUGUGCCGCCACUCUACCAGAGUGCACAAUUUCAGCACGAGUUUCCAACUUUAGAUGGCACAGUUGGUGGCGGCGGAAGCGGUGGUGGUUCUUCAAACAAAAAAGAUCAUCACAACCAUCAUCAACAAUCACAACAGCAAUAUCAUCAUCAUCAUCAACAACAACAACAGCAGCAGCAACACCAACAGCAACACCACCAUCAUCAUCAACAACAACAGCAACAACAACAACAACAUCAGCAUCAGCAUCAUCAAUAUCAACAGCAAAAUCAUCAAAACUAUCAUCCACAUCAAAGAGACUAUCAACAUGGCCGUCAUACAAACGAUCAACGUUACGAUGCGCACAAUUACAGAGAUGGCAAAGAAGGAGACGGUGGUCAUAUGUACAGCGAACAUCAUCGGGAAUUCAACGAGGUCAGCUUACGCCCGCAAACAGAUGCUGCUGCUUGGCUACAACAACAAGAGAAAGCAGCAAAAGGUGCUGCCGAAAACGUAUCGAACCAACAGGGCCAGGCCCCCCAAAAUAAUUCGACCGGUGGUGGAGGGGGAGGAGCCGCGGUACCGCUGCCUAUAUUGUCAUUAAUGCCAUCAUUUAUGCAGCGCGGAGCUCCAAUACCAGCUGGAGGUAAUAGCGGCACAACCGCCGCCGGACGUUCACAAACUCCACCAAAUCAAAAUGGUAUAACUGGUAAUAAAGAAAAUACUACUAGUGGACGUCCUCAACGUCCAAUGCCACAACAUGCUGGUACACAUGAUUAUCGUGCAAUUUCACCUGCUGUUACUAAUUUUCGUGCAGCUGCCGCUAUUCCGAAAAGACCACCACAAAUGGAUACUCCGCCGCUUGUUGGACAGUCAGCUAAUGGUACAUCUGGAAUGAGAAAAGAAAAAGAAUUUAUAAUAGAACCAGAAGUAGUGCAAAUGCAAAGACCAAUAAUUCGUGAAGAAGAUUUAGAGCGUUUAAAUGCAAUUGCUAAGGAUGAUAGCUGGACUAAACAGGAUGAUAUUGAUUAUACAAAACAAUUAACAUUUUCUGAUGAUGAAUCACCAGAAGAACAAACACCAACGCAAGAACGUGAUCGUCCAUCAUUUAAUAAAACAAAUAACGCAGCUUUUAGCACAGAUCAACGUAAGAAUUCAAAUGCAAGUGUAGGUACCGGAAACAAUAGUGGAACGACUUGGCAACGUAAUAAAGAUCAAAGAGACAGCUCUGAACGUGAAAAAUCUGGUGAACAAGAUGACGCACGCCAGCAAAAUGGUCAUCGUAAUAGUGUUGGAGGAAUUGCGUUAGAUGCUAGUGUCUAUGAGCGAGUAAAGCAACGCAAAGAAGAAGAAGAUCGUCGUGACUUGGAACGCAAACAAGCUGCAAAUAAAAAAUUGCAGGAACUUGAAAUGAAAAUGAAUAGUAAGAAAUCUUCAAGUGGUAGUAUAACUGGUGUCGAACAAACUAAUUUAGGACCUACAAAUGCUGUUGAUGAUGAUUACCAUAAUCAACAGAAUAGACGAACUAUUUCAAACAGUGGCAGAGCUCCGGACAGUGAUCGCAGUGGACGUUAUGAUAAUAGAGGAACGAAUGAUUUUGCUAGAAACUCUGGAAAUUCUGCAACCGCUCCAUCAGGUUCUACAAAACAAAUUUUCUCUGCUCAUUUUCAAUCCAAUUUACCGCCUCGUUUUCAAAAACAACAAAAAAUACAUUCGCAAGGUUCAUCUUCAAUGGAUGGAAAUGGAAGCAGCGGCACAAGCGCUGGUCCAACACGUUCUAUCACUGGACUUGAAAAAUCAGCAUCAGCUUCGUCUGCGUUUGAAUCUGGCCGUUACAUGCAGAAAGGUGGUCAAGCGCAACGAAAUCCCGGUCGAAAUGAAUAUCGUGACGGUGGUUAUAUGAGGAAUAGUGGAUAUAAUCGGCAUAGAAAUGACAGUGAUCGUGAUGAUUACGGACGUAAUGUAAAUCAAAAUUCUUUGUCUAGAAGCAUAUCGGAAAAUUCGCAACGUAAAACAAGCGUAUCAUCAAAUGAUGAUUCACUUAAACAUGGUGGCACUGAAUCAAAAGAGUUUGGCAGCACUUCAUUAGCAUCAUCAUGGGCUGAAGAAACCGACGCGGAACUUAAACGUCAACGAGAAGAAAGUUUCUCGUCGUCGCACAGCCACGAAUCAAUACCGAUAAAAAUACUGCAACGCCCAAGUACACAAAAAAGUGUUUCCGAAGAGGAAGUAUCGCCAAUAGGCAAAAAACAUGAAUCAUCUCAACAGCAGCAAGCGCAAAGUAAUUCGUCUGCACAAAAUCAGCAACAGCAACGUCGCAGUGAAAGUGACAGUUCACAUUUUAUACCUACCCAAAUUUUGAGACGCUCAGAUUCAAGUGAAGAUAAAACAACAUUCGCACCAAAUAAAUCAGCUGUGAAUGAAAUGAGUAAGCUUAAUGAAGAAAAUCAUCCAGUUGCGUCAGUUAACCAGACCGAAAAUACAGAUUCUCAAAAGAAUCGACAAGAGACCACCAGCACAAAUAGUAACCAGGUAGUUACUAACAAUGCUGUCAACAAAGAUAUUCCAUCAUCUGUUAGCACUGUCGAAGGUAAGCGUGAAGAAGAGAACCGAGUAAUCGCCAAUCAAUCGGCUCCUCAACGUGAACAAAAGAGAUCAAGUCCACGAGGUACAGGUGGAAAUCGGGAUCGGGAUCGUGAUCGUGAUAGAGAUCGUGACUUACGUCAUACUCAUUCCCGUUACCAAGGUAGUAGUUAUCGCGGUGGACGCGAUAAUGGCGGCUGGAAUAAUCAUAAUAAUGGUGGACGAAACUCACGUUAUUAUAACAAUGAGCCUCCAUUCCCAAGUGAGUCAGAGCAUUCCGAAGAUGUUGAUGAUGAGGGUGCGUACAUGGGACGACGCGGAGAACGAAGCCCUAAAGUUCCAAGAAAAGAAGGUAAUCGUCGUACUGGUACAGACGAUAGAAAUUCUAAAGGAUUUGCACCACGUGGUGAACCUUCACGCAGAGGUCGUGGGGGCGGCGGUAACAUUGGUGAAAGAUCAACUGGUUCUUCAUAUAGACGAAAUAACGAUGGUCGUAUGUCAGGUUCGUCAAAUACUGGUCGUCAGUAUGGACGACAAAGUUAUGAUGACCACAAAGAAAACAAACGAACUUCGGAAUCUGACCAUUCUUCUAAUACAACUGAUCUAGAUAAGACCAAGCAAAGUCAAAUCGCAUUGAAUGCUGGUUUGAAUAAAUCUAAGGAAUCGCCAACAGAUGAUAAAUCUCGUGCUUCCGCACAGCAGAGCACAAAACAACAAAGUCCACAGCCUACGUCUGCACAAACAGUGAAGAAAAUAAGCGAAACUGAAAAGAAAAAUAUUACGUCUCCAAAACAAUUCGGUACUAAUGUCUCAAUUAAUAAUCAACAACGUAAAGAAAGUACUUCAAGCUGCAAAAAUGAUGAUGUUUCUCAAGCAAGUUCUAACGAACGUGAUAAAAAAUCAGUUUCCAAAGAAAAAGACAUACCCAGUGGUUCGUCAGGCGUACAGAUGCGUAGUAACAGUUCUGGACAGUUAUCUGGUCAAAGAGCAAACACUGGUUCCAUUCAAACAAAAAAGCAAGAUUUAUCUUCAGCAACUAUACCAACGAGUCAAACUUCAUCUAUGAUAAAAUCAUCCAGUCAACCUACUGUUACUAAACCACCACCUGGUCUAAGUGGUGCUAAUAUGAAACCUAACUCACAGGUCAAUGCAAGUAAUACUUUCCAAAGUUCCCAGAAGAACACAGACAUCUCAAAAUCAGAAUCAGGUACACCUAUAAACAUGAGUAGACAACAGCAACAGCAACAGCAGCUGCAAAGAACCUCUAACGCCGAUAUCGAAAAGAGUAAAUUAUCUGCUUCCUCGAGCUGUAUUGUUGAGAAACAAGGCAGUGCAACAUUGUUAAUGGAUGGUGCACCUGUUAAUACCAUUAUAUUCGAGAAUACAAAUUACAAGCAGCAAGCUCAAGCAGCAGCUGCUUCGUCAACGCAAUUAAAACACAGUGCAGAGACUCUAGUUUCCGGACAAGGACCUAAUGUUUCAAAUGUUAAUGUAUCUGUGGAAAGCUUAAGCAACGCUCUGUCCCAAAUGUCAUUCGCCAAAGCUAAUGAAUCUGUCGUCUCAUCUAAUGAUUAUGAUAAAGAUAUGAAGCUUGGUUUUACUUUUGGAGAUGCGCCUGAAACGUAUACAGGAUCCGCAAAAGUUGCUGAAGCCGAAGCGAAAACUAAUGCCGUUUCACAACAGGCGGCCAAUUCCAGUCAACAGCAACAAACCCAACAGCAUAUUCAGCAACACCAACAACAGCAACAAUCUCAAAACAACUCAACUGCAGAUUUGAAUAUGAAAAUAGCGAGUGUGAAGAAAGUGUGGGAGACAGUUACAGAAGCUAGUUCUUCAUUACGGGAGCAAGCGCCACAGCAUCCACAAUUGCAACAUCAACAACAACAGCAACAACAAAUUGAAGUCGUUGAUGCAAGUGGACAUAUGUCGGCUGUUUCUUUCGUCGCUGCUGCCGCAGCCGCUGUGGCGUCGCAACAACAACAUCAACAGCAACAACACAUGCCUCACUAUGCAGCUAUGCAAAUGCAACAUCACUCAUUAUCCUCACCAGGUCCUGUUCAAAGUUCAUACGGAAGUCAUGGAUCGCCAUUUGAUCCUACUCAACUGGAACAACAAUUUACACCUGGUGGUGGUAUUGUAGUUGGUGAUGAGUCAAGUGUUUGUUAUCCCAGUCCACAACAGCAGCAACAAUCAUCGCAACAACAACAAACCAUUAAACAUCCAGAUGUCGUUAAACAACAACAGGCAUCAGCAUCAUCAAAGCAAAUGCAUCAUGGAUCAUCUAUUGGUAUGUCACCACCACCAAACUUACAACAACAACACCAGCAGUCAGCGCAACAGCAACAGAUGCACGCUGCUCCACAGCCGUUCUAUCAGGCAUCGCCACAAUUUACUGGCAUACCAACAAUACCAAGUCCACCUGCAGUUGUGUUUAAUUCUUCACAAAUGCCACCACCAUCGCAAGCAGGUUUAUACGCGCCAUUCCACUCGCUUGAGCAUUCGAAAGCAUAUUCCGCUGCAGCUGCUCAUAGUUUUCCCGGUCAUUAUAGUGCUGCAGCAGCAGCAGCUGCUGCCGCCAGUGGUUAUAAUGCUUUUACAAUGCAAACACCACCAAAUAUGGCUACAGCACCAACACCGGAAAUGUAUCCCAAUUUAACGUCGCAAUUUCGUAUGGGAGGUGGACCAUCGCCAUUUACUAAUCCCAAUUCACAACAAUUGAAUAAUCCUAAUGCUGCAACUGUUGCAAUAAUAUCGUCGAAUUCCAAUUCUCUGAUGUCAUCAGUUGGUUCAGUUAAGCCACCACCAUCUUCUCAACAACUAGGCACAAUUGGUUCGAAAGGAGGUGGUGGCGGUGGACCAUAUGCUGCAGCAACUCAACAGUAUAUGAACUUAUAUGCCGCUCCACCGCCGCAACAUCCCCAGGCUGGUCCACCUGGCCCACCAGGCGCUCAUCAAUUACAGUCCAACAGUUUCUAUUCAAAUUCUGCAGGUGGUCCAAAUGGUCCCACAUAUUACGGUGGACCGCCACCACAAGGUGCUGGCGCCGGUGCACAGAAUUAUGGAAUAGCAGCUGCGGCUGCUGCUGCUGCAGGUUUAUAUGGCGGCCAUAGUCAUCAAGGCGGACCACCUGGUUCUAAUGGACCACCUGGUCCUCAGGGUCCACCAGGACCUCAAUCUCAACAUACAAUGAGUAACUUUAAUACACAGUAUAUUAAUUCACCUUUACUAGCAGCAGCAGCUAUCAACCAAUUCCGCGCUGGACCAACACCGCAACAAGCUGCCGCUGCUGCUUAUAUGAAAUCAAGCCAGGGACAGGGUCAUAUGCAAGAUUCGAUGGGUCGUCAACUAAAAAGUCCGCUGGGCGCAGACGUAAGUUUAAAUCUAGCAAAGCAGGUGCAAUCACAGCCGAGUCCUCCACAUCAUAAAUCUUACGGAAGUUGGGACUUACAGAAUCAAGUAAUUCAAGCACAACAACAACAACAACAACAAUCACAACAGGUUGCACAACGUGUCGGUGGAGGUGGCAAUGGUGCACAAAAUAUGAAUUCUGGUAAUCGUUCUGGUGGAGGUGGCGGAGCGCCAGGUAUGCAGGCAGGUGGCCAAGGACGCUAUCCAACACCAAUACAAAGACCAACGAAUUAUCCACAACAUCCACAAGGACAACAACAAUCACAGCAACAGCAGCAGCAGCAGCAGCAACAGCAGCAACAACAACAGCAGCAAAGUCAACGCUCAUCUAAUAUGAGACAAGGUGGUGCUAGCGGUGGUGGAAAUGGUCAUCAAGGAGGCCCUGGUGGUCCAAAUAAUGGUGGCCCCGGAGGCUCAAAUAAUAACAACACUAAUAGCACUGGCCCCCAAGGUCAAAUGAAUAAACCUUAUUACUCAAAUAACGGUGGUGGAGGUGCAAGUCGAGGAAAUCAAAAUUAAAUUUGGAAAAAAAACUGUUUGCUGUUGUUGGAAUACAAUAUGGCUUAAAUUAAUAUGGUAAGAAGAGCAGAACAAAAGGUUCUUAUGAUAUAUAUAUACAUAUACAUAUAUAUGAAAGCUAUAAAUUAUUUAAAAAUAAUCCAAAAAAUAUUUGCAAAAAUUUCCACAUAAUAUUAAGCAAAACUGAUGAAGAUAGAGUUUAAGAGAA